AUGUACGUCAAUCUCGGAUAUCCAGAGGCAUCAAGCUUGCUGGGAGGAAUAGGCUCGUUGCUCACGAUUGUCCCGUGGGUUCUUGUGUUCUAUGGUCCGAAAAUCAGGGCGCGAAGUAAAAUCGCAAGUGAAAUUAUGACAGAAGACGAACGAGCUGGAUAG